GCGACAGGCCGGCCAGUGAGGCGCCGCUUGGGGGAGGCCGCGACGGAGCUCCCGGACCCGCCAUGGGCUGAGACACGUCCUUGCCGAGCAGCCUGGGGUGAAAGUGACCCUUCCUUAUCCCACCAGAACAUGCCCGGGUGACUCUCUCCCCGAUCUUCCUGGUGGCCUUCCUCGCCCUUCCCAGUGACACUAUGCAACCCCAGCGCGACCCGGGAGGCCUCGGGCUCCUGCUGCUGUCCUGGAGCCUGCUCCUCUUCGAGGCGGCCAGGGCCGGCCGGCCGGCGGUUAGCUGUCCUGCUGCCUGCCUGUGCGCCAGCAACAUCCUCAGCUGCUCCAAGCAGCAGCUGCCCAACGUGCCGCACUCCUUGCCCAGCUACACGGCGCUGCUCGACCUCAGCCACAACAACCUGAGCCGCCUGCGGGCCGAGUGGACCCCCACGCGCCUGAUCCACCUGCAGUCCCUGCUGCUGAGCCACAACCACCUGAACUUCAUCUCCUCCGAGGCCUUUUCCCCCGUACCCAACCUGCGCUACCUGGACCUUUCCUCCAACCAGCUGCGCACACUGGACGAGUUCCUGUUCAGUGAACUGCAGGCCCUGGAAGUCCUACUGCUCUACAACAACCACAUCGUGGCAGUGGACCGCUGCGCCUUCGACGACAUGGCCCAGCUGCAGAAACUCUACCUGAGCCAGAACCAGAUUUCCCGCUUCCCUCUGGAACUGGUCAAGGAAGGAGCCAAGCUCCCCAAACUCACCCUCCUGGAUCUCUCGUCCAACAAGCUCAAGAACUUACCGCUGCCCGACCUGCAGAAGCUGCCCGCGUGGAUCAAGAACGGGCUGUACCUCCAUAACAACCCCCUGCACUGCGACUGUGAGCUCUACCAGCUCUUCUCACACUGGCAGCACCGGCAGCUGAGCUCCGUGACGGACUUCCAGGAGGACCUGUAUUGCGUGAGCUCCAAGAAGCUGCUCAACGUCUUCAACCUGAGCUUCCUCAACUGCAGCGAGUACAAGGAGCGUGCCUGGGAAGCCCACCUGGGGGACACCUUGACCAUCAAGUGUGACACCAAGCAGCAGGGGAUGACCAAGGUGUGGGUGACGCCAAGCAAUGAGCGGGUGCUGGAUGAGCUGGCCAACGGCACGGUGACGGUGUCCAAGGACGGCAGUCUUCAUUUCCGGCAGGUGCGGGUUGAGGAUGGGGGCGUGUAUACCUGCCACGCCACGGGGGACGCUUUCAACGAGACGCUGUCUGUGGAGUUGAAAGUGUAUAAUUUCACCCUGCACGGCCACCAUGACACCCUCAACACGGCCUACACCACCCUCGUGGGCUGCAUCCUCAGCGUGGUCCUGGUCCUCAUAUACCUGUACCUUACCCCUUGCCGAUGCUGGUGCCGGGGUGUCGAGAAACCGUCCAGCCAUCAAGGAGACAGCCUCAGCUCUUCCAUGCUUAGCACCACCCCCAACCACGAUCCUAUGGCUGGUGGGGACAAGGACGAUGGUUUUGACCGGCGGGUGGCCUUCCUGGAACCUGGUGGUCCUGGGCAGGGUCAAAACGGCAAGCUCAAGCCAGGCAACACCCUGCCAGUGCCCGAGGCAACCGGCAAGGGCCAGCGGAGGAUGUCGGAUCCGGAAUCGGUCAGCUCGGUCUUCUCUGAUACACCCAUUGUGGUGUGAGCAGGAUGGGUUGGUGGGGAGAUUCUGCCCCAGGAGAGGUAAUGCACCCCCUGAAGGAUAUGAGGGCAUGGAAGAGCGGGCUGGCUGCCCAAGGGAGUGGGUUCCUCCUGACCUCAAGGGAAUUGGUCACGGGUACAGUAGCUGGCUCGACCUCAACCAGGGUGUGGCUGCCACGACUUUCAAAUAGGGAUAUAUUAAUCCUCAGGCAAGUGCUACACCCCUACCCAAAGCCCUGGGAAUUCUCCAUGUGGUAGAGGAAAAGGAGCAUGUCUGAAUUGGGUGGGAAUGAGGAAGGGGUGGGGGGAAGAGCAGAUUCCCUAAACUUUUUCGAGGUCAUCCUUAGCUCCUUAAGAGAAAAUCAUUCGGGGGAAAAAAAAAAUUUUUUUUUUUUCUAUCUCUGCCCACCCACACCUGUGAUGUUGUGUGUGUUGGGGGGCGGAUCUUCCACAGGAGCCACACUGGGGAAGAGCUGUAGCAUCUUCUUUGGCCAGGAAGUCACACUUCACAGCUGGGGAAAUUGGAAACCUUGGGAAAAAGGAGUCAGGAAAAGGCUGAGACCUCGAUAACGCUCCCUAAAGCUGUUGUGAUUUCCCACUAAAUGCGUCUCUUUGCCAAUGAGUCCUGGGUGGACAGAUCUUUGCAGGAGUCUGGCCUGUCGCCUGUCAGAUAUAGCGACAAUGAGAGAUGCGGUACCUGUGCCAGGCCCUGGAAUCAGUGGCACAGAGGGAUACAGCAUGAACUGAGGGGGUCUGUGUCACGGGACGGGUGCCGGCACAAAACUCAUAGAUGGCGGAUAAACUCCAGAUGCGCUGAUUGUCUGGUUGGUGAAACCCUUGGGUAGCACUUGGUUCCCAGUACCUGUGUGUCAGACCAGGGUGGGGGCUGCUGAAAGCAGAGCUUUUAUGCAUGCCUGCCACAACCUGGGAUGGGGGGCCGCUUCAACACGAGGAGGAGGAGGAGGAGGAGGAGGAGGGUAAAUCAGCCUCUGUAAUGUAGCAUCCAGCUGGACCUACCUGACUGCCUGAUGCCAUCUCUUCCCUCAGGCUUCUUAGCAAGCUCGGGUGGGAUUGAGUUUUCCCUAAUAUGCUGCUCUGCAAAUGGAGGAAUCCUGGAGAGUCUGGCCCCAGCUGCGUUACAUUGGGCUUGGGGAUGGAGGGGACCGGUUAUGUGUCUUCUCUAUGUUGACACCCUGCUGCAAAGCCAACGCAUGGGAUUUCAUCAUCCAAGGGGUUGGAAUUGGGUGGUCUCUCUCCCAGAAUGGCAAGUUGGAGUGCGGCUUAGAGCCCUGCCCCUCUCCACAAGGUUCCAGGCAGUCCUGUUAACAGAGACCCUGGCAGUAAACUUUCAGAAGGAAAGUUCUGCCGCCGCCAUCCCUCUCAGCCAGAGGUCGGUGCAGUUGUGACAGUCAGACCAGAGGAACUUAAGAGCGGGCCCAACAUUCCAUUCCAUCCAGGGAUGCAGAAUAUUUUGGGUAUGGAGAUAACUGCACCCUUUGACUAUCCUGCAGGCCCCGGGAGAUGAGUGCUCCGAGCUUUGGCAAGGGGAUGAGCAGGGCAAAGGUGAAAAUGUUCUCUGACGUUGGUCUUUUUCAGUGUCUCCCCUUCUCCCAACCAAGCUCCCUGUCCAUUGGACGUUCUCCAGAUCUUCUAGUUUUCUAACCUGCUCUUUAGGUUCCAAGAGGUAUGUCCUCUACCUGCGGGUAAGGGCUGCUUGCUAGGAGGGCCUGACUCCUGCUGCCUGUUAAGAUUGGGAAAGGGGACUGGAACUCAACAUCUUCCCUUGUCUGUUCCUGGGAUGUCAAGACUGCUGUCCAUCCUUUCUUAGUAACCUAGUUUGUCGAGAGAGGUGCAGCGUUUCCCUCAAGUACUUGCAUGCUCCUAGGUAUGCAUGCUUCCAAGUGUGCAUGCACACUAGCGCCUUGACUUCCCUCGGGACAGUGAUUCUGUAGUCCCCACUAAUGUCCCUGGUUCACAGUGGGUUCAACCUAUGUGCCCAACUUCAUGCACACAGCUACCUUGCCCCAGGGGAGAGACAGUGACCACGCCAGGCUCCCCAGAUACAAACACUUGUACUUUUCAUUUCUGAACUCCCUGAAGCUUUUCCCGCAUCUCCGUGGCACUGGGUAACUUCUCUGCAAAGACUAGAGUUAGGAGAACCGCAGGUUGGCAACCUGGGGAGAAGGGAUGAUGAGGAGCUGGCUGGUUCUUCACACCCCUCAGAAACCUUCUUGGAUUAAAGACAAUAUAUAUGAGAAAUAAAUGUAGAACUAGGUCAGUGAUGGACCCAGAAGGAAACAGGCAGGGGAACAAGCAGCAAUAAGUUGUUCUUCUUGUGUUAACUGUCCUGGAAAGACAGGGGUAUGAAGGAAAAGUUGUCUUUUAUAUUCCAGAGACGUCUGAGGAUUUUGUUACUGGAGCCAUAGUGACCAGGCCAUCCUCCUCAGACUUAUUAAGGAACCGGGGGAAAUCUCAUCUCCACGCUGCAGUUUCCCACUGGGCACUACCUAGGGCUCUGAAAAUCUUUAGGAUAAAUGUCAAAUGAAGUUGGCCUUCUGGAGCAUUCUGAGCUCCUGAGGACUAGGAGGGCCAUUUUCUUCAGAAGUCCUACCCAGUUUAAGGAAUAAGAAAAGACCCUGAGGCCCUAUGUCUCCCUACUAUAUCCACUAGGUAGGCCCCUCGUUUGAAAGACUGGUAGAUGUGUCUGGCUGCCCCACCAGGAGAGUGAACUGAUUAGCCUCUUCCCGUCGUUUCAGUUGAUAGAACCCAAAGGUAGCUUUCUACUUGGGCGAUUAGGUACUCAGCAUAUAUAAGCUCACUAGAACCUUGUGUUGGAAACUGCCAGGUCUGAUAAUAAGAAAAAGCUGAGAAAUCCCUCCCUCCCUUCCCCCCAUCCUGAACCCAUAAACCAGACAUAUCUCCCAGGAAGCAGGUGUCCCUGGAGACAGAAUAUGACAGGGCUCUACAAUCUGUCUAUGUGAUUAUUUGUGAUCUUUUUUUCUUUGCCUGUAUUUAUGGGGCUCCUAGGAAGGGGCCACAAGAGGGGACAGCCCAGCUGGGGACAGUAAAGCUGACUGAUUCCCAUUUUCUGUGUGUUCUUACCUCUGUACUUCUUGUCGCCCUGCUGGCGAAGCAAGCAGGCCUCCCUGUGUCCAGGACCCCAUCCCUCCCACUUAUGUACACCCAGGCUGGCAAACCUUGGAGCCUUUGAGCUCUGAAAACUAGACUAUGAUCAUUAAACCUGGCUUGAGUCUCUGUUCUGGCAA